UAUAGUCUAUAUCUAUUUUGGACAUUGUCUAUGGCCAUUGAGUAGCGAAUGUGUGCGCUGCCAUUUUCUAUUGAAUUGAAUUAUUGAGGAAAAGCUAUUUUGAAAAAAGCAUCAUGCCUGAGAUGAUCAAAUCGCCCGCCGACAUCAAAACUGCACCUUUCGACCCGCGGUUCCCUAACCAGAACCAGACAAGGUACUGCUACUCCAGCUACCUGGACUUCCACCGUUGCCAGAAGGUACGUGGGGAGAAGUACGAGCCAUGCUACUACUUCCAGCGGUGCUUCAAAUCUCUGUGCCCCAAUGAAUGGGUUGAGAAGUGGGACUCCCAACGCGCUGAGGGCACUUUCGCUGGAAGGAUUUAAAGUAUUCCACUGGUCGCCGCAGACUUGUUAAUUUAUGCGAGUUUUAUUUUUACUUAGGCCCAAUUAUGUGAUUUAGGGAAUAUAUGUGUUGAUUCCAUUUUUGUAUUAUAAUUUACCAAAUAACCCAACAGGUUCUGAAUGUUUCUUUUCAUGAAAACUACACACCGUUUAAGUACCUAUUAGAUAAUACAAUCACAUGUAGCAAAAUACUUUGCGCAUUGCGAACUUGUUCUCACUGGGAUUAAAGGGAGCCAUGUA